AUGGACGCCUCAAUGAACCCCUCAAUGGACUUAUAUCAGCCUCCAUUUUUCUUCCGUGCUCCAGGCGACAACCGUAUCUGUUCAGGGAACCCCAAUAUUAUUCAUUCGCCGGCCAUUUGGGAUCAGAAUGGAGCCAAACACUUUCUCGCCUUUGCCCUACCUCGCCUACAGCUUCAAUUGGCAAUCAUCUUCGUUUUCACCUUCGCCCUUCACAACGUUUUUAAGCGCUUCAAUCUUCCUCGUAUCGUAGCCGAAAUGAUGUGCGGUUUCAUCAUAGGACCAACCUUUUUGGGUAGGUAUUUCCCCACUGUCUGGAAAUCUAUAUUCUCUUCGGAUGGAAAUCUAUACAUCGGUACCCUAGCUAAAGUAGGUUACAUGUACUUAAUGUUCUUGAUUGGAGUCAAGAUGGAUCCUAGUAAGAUUAAGGCAUCUCAAAAGAAGGCUUGGAUUAUUGGAAUUGUAUCCACCGUUUUACCCGUGACAGUUGGUUUACAUAUAUCUCCGUUUGUGGCGGCUAAGGUAGGUUGGAUUAGAAAUCCGGCUAUUCGCUUCAUUAUCGGAACCCAAACUAUAGCUCAGUUCCCUGUUGUAGUCGGUCUACUCACGGAUCUUAAGAUCAUGAACACAGAACUCGGCCAUCUUGCUUUGACCGUUGCUUUGAUUCGGACCCUUCUCAGCAUUUUACUCUCAAUGCAGACCACUUAUUUAAGAGUCACUGCACAAGGCUCCGCUGCCGUGGGUGCCCAAUCCGCUGCCAUUUAUUUUACUUGGUUUCUUUUUACGCUCUAUGUUCUGCGCCCAAUUUUCCGAUGGAUGAUACGCAGGACGCCCGAAGGGAAACAGGUUAGAGACGAGUACAUUGCCUUCAUUUGUUGUAUGGUUUUGGCAUCCGCAGUUAUCAGUGACAACGUCGGAGUUCUCUAUCAUUUCGGCCCCAUAUGUCUCGGCUUGAUCGUACCCGUCGGCCCGCCUUUAGGGUCGACACUAGUUGACAGGUUGGACACCAUGGUCACCGGCUGGUUGGCGCCUUUGCUGUUCACUUUUUGUUCGCUUCAAUCCGACCUCUUCGAGAUUUACGAUAUGAAAUUCCAGAAGCUGUUGAUUGUGGUCCUUGUCCUCUCCAACUUCUUUAAGUUUGCCAUAGUUUUUAUACCCACAGUAAUCUGCAAGGUACCUUUGAAAGAUUCAAUUGCCCUGUCCUUGAUUCUCAGCGCUGAAGGCAACGUUGAACUGGCAGGAUACCUGGCGUACAGGGAGAAUGAUACGUUAGAUCUCCAGACAUUUUCCACCGUGACAGGUUCGGUGCUGGUUUGCGCCAUAAUAAUACCCAUUCUUGUGAGGACUUGCUACGACCAUGCCAUAAUCUAUAGAGGGUACAACCAAAGAAACUUGGUACACAGUUCGGAAGAAACGGAGCUUAAGGUGCUGGUGAGCGCUCACAGGAUAGACGACGCCAUAGCGGCGGGAAACCUGUUAGAAGGCAUGCACCCGACAAAGGGCAGCAACGAGCUGGGAGUGUACGUGAUUCAUCUGUUGGAGCUGGCAGGUCGGGCCUCUCCCCUUCUGAUUAACCAUCAGCUCGGGCAGAAGUCGUCCAGUAGGAGCGGUUCUCGGUCGCAAGAGAUAAUCGACCUGUUCCGUUCCUACGAGAGCAAGUUUCCUCACGGAGCCUUCUCGACUCAGAUGUUCACGGCUCUGUCCCUUCCCAAGUUCAUGCACGACGACAUAUGCUUGAUGGCGUUUGAGAAACAGGCGUGUUUCAUUAUUCUCCCCUUUCACAGGAAAUGGAGUGCCCAGGGCAGGUUGAUACUGGAUAACACGGUUGUUCGUAGCAUAAACCAGAACGUUCUGAAUAUGGCCCCGUGUUCGGUCGGAAUUCUGAUAGACAGGAGGAAAAUACUGGAGUUGGAAACGAAAGAGAGACACAGGAUGGCGAUAAUCUUCAUGGGGGGUAAGGACGACAGGGAGGCGUUGGCGGUGGCAAAGCGGUUGGCGAGGACGCCGGACUCUCAACUGACCAUAAUUCGUUUUAUAGCGAUGGAAGAAUGGGAAAACAAGAAUGCUUGGGACGCGGUUCUGGACAUGGAAUUUUUGAAGGAUGUGAAGUUGAAAGCGUUGCAUCAGGGACUUAGGAUAUCGUACAAGGAGGAAAACGUGAAAGAUGGGGCGGAUUUGGCUUCACUUGUUCACACAAUUGCAGAGGUUUAUGAUCUCAUCAUUGUGGGGAGGCACGGCAUUGCUUCAGAGUCUUCACCCAUGUUAAAUGGUUUAAGUGAAUGGAUGGAUUUGCCUGAGCUUGGCCCUAUUGGAGAUAUGCUUGCUUCUUCUGAUAUUCGCAGACCCGUCUCUGCCUUGAUCGUACAACAUCAAUCACACCUUCACAAUAAGUAA